GAUCCACGAAGAGAUUAACCAGGUGAUUGGACCCCACCGGAUCCCGAGUGUGGACGACAGGGUCAAGAUGCCCUACACGGAUGCCGUGAUCCACGAGGUCCAGAGACUGACGGAUAUCGUGCCCAUGGGCGUCCCGCAUAACGUCGUCCGGGACACUCAGUUCCGAGGCUACCUUCUGCCCAAGGGCACCGACGUGUUUCCUCUGCUUGGCUCCGUCCUCAAAGACCCCAAAUACUUCCGCUACCCAGACGCCUUCUACCCGCAGCACUUCCUGGAUGAGCAGGGACGCUUCAAGAAGAACGAAGCCUUUGUGCCUUUCUCCUCCGGAAAGCGCGUCUGCCUGGGAGAGGCCAUGGCCCGCAUGGAGCUCUUCCUCUACUUCACCUCCAUCCUUCAGAACUUCUCCCUGCGCUCGCUGGUGCCACCUGCUGACAUCGACAUCACGCCCAGGGUCUCAGGCUUUGGCAACAUCCCUCCCACCUACCAGCUCUGCCUCAUGGCCCGCUGAGCGCCCCCUACCGGGCGCGGGAGGAGCCGGCGGAGACCAGAGCCAAGCCCACGCGUGUGCGCCAGCCCCACUCCCUACACCCUCUCAGCAGCCCUGAGCCUGCGCUGGUCCACGGCCUCGGGCCACAGCCAGCGAGGGCCUCCUGCGACCUAGAGCCUUGUUUGUCUCCCCAGCAGAAAAGCAAUCACCUGCCCAAGAUAUGGGCGAUGGCCUUUGCAUCUACUUUGUCUUGAUCCCCUCCCGCUGCUUCUUGUAGAUCCCACCUUCGUGUUCCUUCGUCUUUGUCCUGACAGUCACCAAGUGCGGGACACACCCCCCGCGUCCCCAUGCUCAUACCCUCCACCCCAGACGCAACAUGGCAAUCAAGACUGGUUGUGUUGUUGACAUCAAUAGGACUCUGCAGUCAGUUUAAACGGUGUCUUGGACUCUCUUGUUUUCCUGCUCAUCAGCAGACAGAUACUCCUUGGGCUCGGCUAUUCUUGCCACAUGCAGCCUCAACCAUCUCGCUCCCUCUCCCUGGCCAUGGUCUCCUUAAACCACGUUUUCUGCUUGUCCUCAGUUCCCAGUACUCCCCAAUCCACUUCUGAGAAAUAGA